AUGGCACACGCGAUGGAGUUUAUCGAAAAGGAAGACCUUUCUCGCCUCAAUCUGGUGCUGGAGCUGGACAAGCAGAGAGGCGCGAUCAUCACGCACACGAUGCAGAAAUUCCGGUCGGAUACGUGGCUCAUUGCGCGCGCCAACUUUCGGAUCCUGAACGGCAUGGCGUAUACGAAGCCAGCAUCGGCUCGGAUCGCGAUACCUGCUGUUCCAGACCCAUCAGUGGUCAACCCGAAGUCAGAAGAGGAGUUCGUCACGAAGUACGAUGCGAGUAAGUCAGACGUGCCAGAAGGGAAAAUGUGGGAGGGCACGAGCCCUAUUCGCAUGAGCUAA